AUGAUGCGAAACGCUAUUCUUUGGUGGAGCAGCUUAUGUGUCAGACUGAUGUUUGUCUUCUGGCCGUGUGCAUCAGUUGGAAAGCAAUGUCAUAUCCAAAAUGAAAUGGCUGACUGCAGUCACCUAAAGCUAACUCAAAUUCCCUCUGAUCUUCCAAACAAUAUAACGAGUUUGGACAUUUCUCAUAAUCAGCUAAGACAGCUAGGUCCUGCAAAUUUGACCAAGUACAGCCAGCUGGUUUACUUGAAUGCAGGCUACAACAGCAUCUCUAAACUGCAACCAGAAUUGUGCCAAAAUGUGCCCCUGUUGCAGAUUCUGAAGUUAGAACAUAAUGAAUUGUCUAAGCUCCCUGACAGAGUAUUUGCUUCCUGCACCAACCUGACUGAGCUCAAUCUAGGAUACAACACACUAAAUAUAAAAAAUGAUCCCUUCAAAAACCUGAAGAACUUGAAUAUUUUGGACCUAUCUCAUAAUUCUUUGAAGUCAGCCAAUUUAGGAUCGGAGCAACAGUUGGAGAAACUCCAUGAGCUCAUAUUGAGGAGCAACCAAAUAACUGAGUUGAAAAAAGAAGACUUCAGUUUUCUUAGCAACACCUCAUUAAAUAGUCUUGAUUUGUCAUCAAACCCACUAAAAGAGUUUCAUACGGGAUGCUUCCAUACAAUUGGAAAUUUGUGUGGGCUCAUAAUGAACAAAGUUGAACUUGGUGAAAAUCGCACAAAGAAACUUUGUACAGAAUUAUCAAACACAGCGAUUCGAAACCUCUCACUCAGCCAUGUGAAACUUUCCUACAUUGGCAAGUCAACUUUCCAGGGACUGCAAGCAACAAAUCUUACAAUUUUAAACCUUUCCCAAAAUUCUCUCUCUGUCGUAGAAAACGACUCAUUUCAGUGGCUUUCAAGUUUACAAUACUUAAACCUGAAGAUUAAUAAUAUUCAUGUAACUUCGCGUUUAUUUUAUGGAUUAUCCAGCCUUAAAUAUUUGAAUCUCAUAAACUCACUUGCUGGGAAAAUUGAAGAUUUUUCUUUUCAUUGGCUACUCCACCUGGAGUACCUUAUAAUGGAUAAUAACAAUUUUCCAGGAAUUACUGCUAACAUGUUCACAGGUCUGAACAACCUGAAAUAUCUGAGUCUCUGCAACUGCAACAUAAACUUACAAAGAAUAACUAAUAAAACAUUUUCAUCACUUGCUAAUUCUAGCUUACAGGUUCUCAACCUCACAAAAACCAGAAUCUCUACAAUAGAAAGCGGGGCAUUUUCUUCCCUGGGACACCUGAAAAUUCUUGAUCUUGGUCUCAAUGAAAUUAGUCAACAGCUUAAAGGUCAUGAGUUUAAAGGGCUCAAUAAUAUACAAGAUAUUUAUCUUUCCUAUAAUAAAAACUUGACUUUGCAAAGUGAAUCAUUCAUUUUUGUCCCAGGCCUUAGAAAACUGAUGCUGAGGAAGGUAGGCUGCAGUAAUCUGGCCUUUUCUCCUUCACCUUUUCAUCCUCUACGAAACCUGACUGUCCUGGACAUCAGCAAUAACAACAUAGCAAACAUACAAGAAGACUUGUUUGAUGGACUUGACAAACUUGACAUCCUGGAUUUGCAGCACAAUAAUUUAGCCCGGCUUUGGAAACAUGCAAAUCCGGGUGGCCCUGUCCUUUUUUUAAAGGGUCUUCCCAAUUUGCAGAUUCUUAAUUUAAAAUCAAAUGGUCUUGAUGAAAUUCCAGUUCAGGUUUUCAAGGGUCUGUUUCAAUUAAAACACUUGGAUUUAGGCUCAAAUAAUUUGAAUUUGCUUCCAUCAACUCUGUUUGAUGACCAAGCCUCUCUGAAUUCAUUGAACCUUCAGAAAAAUCUGAUAACCUCAGUUGAAGAAAAAGUAUUUGGUCCACCUUUCAGGAACUUGAGAAGACUAGAGAUGGAUUCCAAUCCCUUUGAUUGCACCUGCGAAAGCAUUGCUUGGUUUGCUGAUUGGCUUAAUGAGACCCAAGCAGAUAUACCUGGAUUGAGGUCCCGGUACAUUUGCAACACACCACCUAAAUAUCAUGGUAGUCUGGUUUUGUAUUUUGAUAGUUCAGCCUGCAAAGACAGUGCUCCAUUUAAACUUCUUUUUGUGAUCUCUACCACUAUUGUGACGCUAUUCCUUUUUAUUGUCCUUACCAUUCAUUUUGAAGGGUGGAGAAUAGCUUUCUACUGGAAUAUUUUAGUCAAUCGAAUGCUUGGUUUUAAAGAAUUUGAGAGACAACAGGAACAGUAUGAUUAUGAUGCCUAUGUUAUUCAUGCUAGAGAGGACAAGAAUUGGGUGUCUAAAAAUUUCAUGCCUCUGGAAAAAAAUAACCACUUUGAAAUUAAGUUUUGUUUAGAAGAACGGGAUUUUGAAGCAGGUGUAUCUGUAUUUGAAGCCACAAUUAACAGCAUAAAAAUGAGCAGGAAGAUUAUUUUUGUUGUGACUGAACACCUUUUACAGGAUCCCUGGUGUAAAAAUUUCAAGGUGUAUCAUGCUCUCCAGCAAGCUAUUGAACAAAGUCGGGACUCCAUCAUACUGAUCUUUCUUGAUGAUAUCCAAGAUUACAAGUUGUAUCAUGCACUUCACCUGAGAAGAGGAAUGUUCAGAUCUCGCUGCAUCUUGAACUGGCCAGCCCAGAAAGAACGAGUUAGUGCAUUUCAUCAGCAAUUAGUGAUGGCACUUAAAUGUAAAAGUAAAGUACACUGAUUUUUGAACUACAGAUUUGAAUUAU